AUGAAUAAAGAUUGGGUUCAUUGGCCAAGGGGUGAUCUUCCAUAUCAGGAGGCCUUGAAGAAUUUCAUAGAUACCGUUUGUCAGAGACUUGGAAAUCCUUCUGAAUUCAGUUGUCCUUGUGUUGAUUGUAAGAAUCUCACUUUCCCACUUCCUCCGAAAGAAGUGCAUCUUCACUUGCUGAAACGAGGUUGGGAUCCUACAUACACUGAGUGGGUUUUUCACGGGGAGACUAUGCACACUUCUACUGAUGUACACCAAGAGGGAGCAACAAGGGGAUCAUAUCAUAUAGAUGCUGCUGUUGAAGCUGAUGCACAUAUCGAUCAGGGACAUGAACCUGUGCAAGAUGAGGGUUUGGAAAACCAUGUGGAAGAGGCGGACCCACCGUUAUAUCCUAAUUGUAAAACACACACAAAGUUAUCCAUCACUGUUGAAUUGUAUAGGCACAAGACAGUAAAUGGUUUAUCUAGGAAAUCUUUUGACGAACUUCUCAAGACAAUCGGUUCCUUGUUGCCGCCAGAUCAUUGUCUUCCUUGCUCAACAUAUGAAGUGAAAAAGCUCCUGAAAUCUUAUCAAUUGACUUACCAGAAAAUACAUGCUUGUAUUAAUGAUUGUUGUUUGUUUAGAAAAGAUUUGAAAGAUGCAGACGAGUGUCCUAAAUGUCAUUAUUCUAGGUGGAAGGCAGACACAUCUAACAUGAUGAGAGAUGAUGAAAUGAUAGACAAGCCGCAAAAGAAGAUACCGGUGAAGGUGCUUAGGUACUUCCCCAUUGUGCCGAGAUUGAGAAGAUUGUUUCAAUCAGCAGCACUGGCUGAGCAGUUGAUAUGGCACGCGACGAACAAGAGUAAGGAUGGGAAGAUGCGUCAUCCAACAGAUUCUUUGGCUUGGAAGCACAUAGACACAAAGUAUCCCGAGUUUGCUUCAGAUCCCCGUAAUUUGCGUCUUGGGCUUGCUGCUGAUGGAUUUAAUCCAUUUGGUGAUCUUUCCGCAGCCCACAGUUGUUGGCCAGUGAUGCUCGUGGUUUAUAAUUUGCCCCCUCAAUUGUGUAUGCAAGGUGACAACAUAAUUCUGAGCAUGCUGAUUCCAGGAAAAAAACAACCGGGUAAUGACAUUGAUGUAUACUUGCAGCCCUUGAUUGAUGAUCUUUUUGAGUUGUGGGAGAAAGGGGUGCAGGUAUAUGAUUCGUUUACUAAAACAGAUUUUAACUUGAAGGCGUUAUUAAUGUGGACAAUAAACGAUUUCCCUGCAUAUGGUAAUUUAUCUGGAUGUACGUAUAAAGGGAAGGCAGCCUGUCCUCUUUGCGGUGAAAAUACACUUUCAAACUGGUUGGCAUUUAGUCGUAAAACUGUCUACUUGAAUCAUAGGAGAUUUCUUCGUCAUAAUCAUCCUCUUCGGCAGAAAAAAGACUGGUUUAAUGGAGAGAUUGAGAGGAAGGAAAAGCCACCUGUUAUGUCUGGUGCUGCGGCACUUGAAUGUCAGAAUAGUAUUACAAAUGAUUUUGGGAAAGCGGAGAAGAACGAGGAGGAGAUAAGGAAAAAGAAAGAGCAAAAGAAGAAGAAUAAGGGCAAGAGUAGUGCGGCAGCAAGUGCAAAUGUGGGUAAUUCUAAAUGUGGGAAGCGGAAAAGGGAUGUUGUUGCUGAUGCGGCUAUUUCUGGUGCAAAUGAUGAUGAAACUGAACUUCGGGUGUUUAACAAACGGUCAAUAUUCUUCGACUUGCCUUACUGGAAGGAUUUAUUACUACGGCACAAUAUUGAUGUUAUGCAUACAGAAAAAAAUGUUUGCGAGAGUAUUAUUGGUACCAUAUUGAAUAUAAAGUCCAAAACAAAAGACGGUCUAAAGUCCCGCAAUGAUCUGAAGAGUAUGGGAAUAAGACCAGAAUUACAUCCAGUAGAGAUAAAUGGAAAAACGAUCCUUCCACCAGCACCAUACUGUUUAAAUGACAAGGAAAAGGCUAUAUUGUAUAAUAGGAUGAGAAAUUUAAAGGUUCCAUAUGGUUUUAGUUCUGAUCUUAGAAAGCAUUUCUCAAAAGAUGGUUGCUUAGGUGUUCUUAAGGCUCAUGAUUACCAUGUUCUUAUGCAACAAAUAUUACCCGUUGCUUUGCAAGGACUUUUACCUGUAGGGCCAAGGGAGGCAAUUUUCAGGUUAUGUUCUUAUUUUCACGAAAUAUGCCAAAGGGCAGUUGAUCUCCAUAGAUUAAUAGAACUUGAAGUAGAAGUUGCUGAGACUUUGUGUAUGUUUGAGAGGUACUUCCCUCCGUCACUUUUUGAUGUCAUGAUGCACUUGACAAUUCACCUAGCUCGAGAAGUGCGAUUAUGUGGACCUGUACAAUAUCGUUGGAUGUAUCCAUUUGAAAGGUAUUUUGAUAUUCGUAAGGCCCAAGCAGCUGAAACAGGAGUAGAGCAAAGGCGUAACGAAAACACUCAAAAUGGUUCCACACCGGCAGCACGUCCUCUUUCUAAAGGUGUCCAAGUGCGUAUGGAUAGUGAGAAGUUAAAGAUAGCUCACAGAUAUGUGCUUUUUAACACACCCGAAAUUGACCCAUAUAUGAUAAUGCAUAUGGACGAGUUAAAAUCUCCUGCUGGGAGGGCAAUUACUAGUGAAGACCAACUCAAUUCCAUACAGUCUGACACAUUUGCAGAUUGGUUUCAACAAAAGGUUAAGAUGCAAAUUGAACAAGGCAUGCCAAUAUCACACACGGUAGAAUGGUUGUCAUAUGGGCCGUUGGAAAACUGCAUAUCAUAUAAAGGCUUGCUUAUCAAUAACACUAGGUUUAUUACGAAGGAUGUUAAGAGAGUCACACAAAACAGUGGAGUUUCAAUUGAAUCAACAACCUUAGUUGCAGGAUUGUCAGAAACUAGUGGGUUCUAUGGUGUUUUAGAAGAAAUUCUAUUGUUGGACUACAAUCAUAUGUUUCAAAUUCCAAUAUUCAAAUGUGAUUGGGCUCACACCAAUUUUGGUGUGAAGGUAGAAGAUGGCUUUACAUUAGUCAAUUUAAAGCAGCAUAAGAACCAAUACUGUAACGAUCCAUUCAUUUUAGCAAAGCAAGCGCGACAAGUUUUCUAUUCUCGAGAGUCAAAUACAUCUAACUGGUAUAUGAUGGUGAAACCACCGCCCAGGGGUUUCCAUGAAUUAGAGGAAUACAAUGAAAAGCAUGACACAAUUUUCCAACCAGUGGAUAUUUCAACUCUUGGUUUCCAAAUGGAUGACGAGAACGAGAGUUACUUAAGAGAAGAUGGGAAAUAUACCAUAGUGGUUCCGACAAAGAAGAAGAACAAAAAGAAGAAGAAAAAGAAGUUCACAAGUUAG